AUGUUCGGAAAGAAAAAGAAAAAGAUUGAAAUAUCUGGUCCAUCCAACUUUGAACACAGGGUUCACACUGGGUUUGAUCCGCAAGAACAGAAAUUCACGGGCCUCCCGCAGCAGUGGCACAGCCUGUUAGCAGACACGGCCAACAGGCGGAAGCCCAUGGUAGACCCUUCCUGCAUCACACCCAUCCAGCUGGCUCCUAUGAAGACAAUCGUUAGAGGAAAUAAACCGUGCAAAGAAACCUCCAUCAACGGCCUGCUGGAGGACUUCGACAACAUCUCUGUGACUCGCUCCAACUCCCUAAGGAAAGAAAGCCCACCCACCCCAGACCAGGGAGCCUCCAGCUACGGUCAAGGCCAUCGGGAAGAAAAUGGCUUCAUCACCUUCUCGCAGUAUUCCAGCGAGUCCGAUACCACUGCUGACUACAGCACUGAGAAGUAUCGAGAAAAGAGUCUCUAUGGUGAUGACCUGGAUCCGUUUUAUAAAGGCAGCCAUGCCGCCAAGCAAAAUGGGCAUGUCACAAAGACCAAACACGGGGAAGCCUACUAUUCUGAGAUGAAGCCUUUGAAAUCCGAUAUUGCCAGAUUUCCUGUUGAUUAUCACACACACUUGGACUCACUGAGCAAACCAAGUGAAUACAAUGAGCUCAAGUGGGAGUACCAGAGAGCCUCAAGCAGUUCCCCUCUAGAUUAUCCAUUCCAAUUCAUGCCUUCUAGAACUGCGGGGACCAGCGGGUGUUCCAAGGAGAGUCUGGUGUUCAGCGAAAGCGAGUGGGGACCCAGCCUAGAUGACUAUGAUAGGAGGCCAAAGUCAUCAUACUUGAAUCAGACCAGCCCUCAGCCCACCAUGCGGCAAAGGUCCAGGUCAGGUUCGGGGCUCCAGGAACCAAUGAUGCCCUUCGGAGCAAGUGCAUUUAAAACCCACCCCCAAGGACACUCGUACAACUCCUACACCUACCCUCGCCUGUCCGAGCCCACAAUGUGCAUUCCAAAGGUGGAUUACGAUCGAGCACAGAUGGUCCUCAGCCCUCCGCUGUCAGGGUCUGACACCUACCCCAGGGGGCCCGCCAAACUACCUCAAAGUCAAAGCAAAGCAGGCUACUCCUCAAGCAGCCACCAGUACCCAUCUGGGUACCACAAAGCCACCCUCUACCACCACCCCUCCCUGCAGACCAGUUCACAGUACAUCUCCACAGCUUCCUAUCUGAGCUCUCUGAGUAUCUCAUCCAGUACCUACCCCCCACCCAGCUGGGGCUCCUCUUCAGACCAGCAGCCCUCCAGGGUGUCCCAUGAACAGUUUCGGGCUGCUCUGCAGCUGGUGGUCAGCCCCGGAGACCCCAGAGAAUACUUGGACAACUUUAUCAAAAUCGGAGAAGGGUCAACUGGCAUUGUGUGCAUCGCAACUGAGAAACACACAGGGAAGCAAGUUGCAGUGAAGAAAAUGGACCUCCGCAAGCAACAGAGACGAGAACUGCUCUUUAAUGAGGUUGUGAUAAUGCGGGAUUACCACCAUGACAACGUGGUUGACAUGUAUAACAGCUACCUUGUUGGCGACGAGCUCUGGGUGGUCAUGGAAUUUCUAGAAGGCGGUGCCUUGACAGACAUUGUCACUCAUACCAGAAUGAAUGAAGAACAGAUAGCCACCGUCUGUCUGUCAGUUCUGAGAGCUCUUUCCUACCUUCACAAUCAAGGAGUGAUUCACAGGGACAUAAAAAGUGACUCCAUCCUCCUGACAAGUGAUGGCCGGAUAAAGCUAUCUGACUUUGGUUUCUGUGCUCAAGUUUCUAAAGAGGUGCCGAAGAGGAAAUCACUGGUUGGCACUCCUUACUGGAUGGCACCUGAGGUGAUUUCUAGGCUACCUUAUGGGACAGAGGUGGAUAUCUGGUCCCUCGGAAUCAUGGUGAUAGAAAUGAUUGAUGGCGAGCCCCCCUAUUUCAAUGAGCCCCCCCUCCAGGCAAUGCGGAGGAUUCGGGACAGUUUACCUCCAAGAGUGAAGGACCUACACAAGGUUUCUUCAGUGCUCCGGGGAUUCCUAGACCUGAUGCUGGUGAGGGAACCCUCACAAAGAGCCACAGCCCAGGAACUCCUUGGACAUCCAUUCUUGAAACUGGCAGGUCCGCCAUCUUGCAUCGUUCCCCUCAUGAGACAAUACAGACAUCACUGA